GCUCAACUCAUUCUUAUAAACUCUGAUUUCUCGGUGGAUUAUCCAUUUCCCUUAUAUCCCAAUGUGGUUACAGUAGGGGGGCUUACUACUCGUCCAAAACAACCAUUAAGCGAGACAUGGGAGGAAUUUAUGGCUUCCUCUGGACAACAUGGUGUGGUCCUAUUUACACUGGGGACCUAUGCUGGUUCUGCUGCAACGCUACCAUUGUGCGAGAUGGAGAAAUUGUCUCGGGCAUUCAGUCUCGUACCCCAGCGCGUGGUCUGGCAAAUGAAGGGAGAGCCACCCCGUCCUUACAGGUCGGCGAGAACACGCGAAUCGUUCCAUGGAUGCCCCAAAAUGACCUGCUAGGUGACCCCAGACUAAAGGCACUGGUCUUCCACGGCGGUAACAACGGCAUGUACGAGGCCCUCUACCACGGGGUACCUAUGGUGGUCUUGCCGCUCAUCUUCGACCAUCCCGACGUCGCCGUCCGGAUCGUCGACCGCGGGAUGGGCAUCGCAGUCAACUUCUUCUCGUUCACCAGCGAAGAGUUAACGAAAGCCAUCAACGAUGUCAUCAAUAAUUCGAGCUACAAGGAGAACGUACUUCGAUGGUCGUCCAUCUUCAAGGCCAAUCCGCAGCUUCCCAUGGAGAGAGCUGUAUUCUGGAUCGAGCACGUCCUCAAGUACGGCGGCGACUACCUCCGCACAUCUCGGACUGAGCUCUACUUCUGGCAGGUCUGGUCCCUCGACGUCUACGCCUUUCUCCUCCUCAUAGUCUAUCUAUGCUACCGGGUUCUCAAGUUCAUGUAUAUCCGGCAGUAUCAUCGCAUUCUAUCGAGCGGUUGCUGUCUCAUCGUCGGUUAUCCGCUCCGGAAGCUUUGUCCCGGUCUCAGAUUCCGACUCAACAUGAGCGGUAAUGUGGGGAUGCGUUUCUGGGGAACACGCGGGCCUCGGAACAACGGAAAAGUUUGAUAUUUAAAUAGCUUCUCUUUCUCUUUCUCCCCUCUCUCUUUCUCUCUCUCUCUCUCUCUCUCUCUCUCUCCCUCUCUCUCUCCCUCCCCCCCCCCAUCUCUUUCUCUUUGGGCGUCUUUCGAAAAUCAAAGAAACACCAAAGUUAUGCUCUUAUGGAUUAUUACCGUGCUUGAUGUAUUUUUUCUAAGGUAGUUGUACACCAAUACUUAAUAUGACUUCCAAGCGUUACUAGUUCAAUGAUGACGAGUCUACUACACCUGUUUUGGGGUGGACGUUAUUGUUCAAGAACAUCACGCAGUGAUGAAACAUUGCCUACUUGAUCCUCAUAUAAAUAACCUAAAGUCAUGAAAAUAAAGCUUUUUAACCGCUGUCUAUGACGUUUGCACAAAAUUGAGACCUCCAGUAUAGAAUGAUGUUAAUAUAUGCACAGAAAUAUCGAUGAAUGUAUAAUAAAAAUGAUAAAUAUAAACAGGGGCGGACUGGUCGUGUGAAGUAUAAAGAGCUGCUCAGUAUCACACUUAAAAUUGGACCCCAAUUUUUAGGGGCAUCUCAAUUUGAAUAUUGGUAUGGUAAUACAAAAUUGUUAACAAAAUUUGGUUCAUAGGUUAGAUGGGGGUAGAAUCGACUUAACUUGUUUCUGUUUCGGGGGGGGGGGGGGCUCUAGGGGCUAUAUCCGACGGCUAUGCUUUGGCUGAUAACUCGGGUCACAUCCUGUGUGCUCGGAUGGCUUGUUUGACUAUUUCGAUACAGGCUCUCAAGACUAUUUGAAGACUACCCCCCCCCCCCCUCCCCCUCUCCCCAGCGCUCCCAGGCUUAGCAUAUUAUAUAUGGGCAUGUGAAUAAUUUCGAAACGCUGGUAUUUUAGGUCGAUUCGACCGGCCUCUCGGACAUUCCGGGGUCGAACUUUAGUUCCAGUCCGCCCCUGAUUAUGUAUGCAAGUCUCGUAUUGAUGUUCAACAUGUAAAAACAAACUGCACUAGAUUCGGUGCAUGAUUGAUUUUGAGUUGUAUUCUUAGCUCAUGGGCCGGAUGUUCUAAAUGUCAUUACCAGAGUAUGUGAUGUCAUCUCUCUUCCAGAACGAACACUUAAACUGAAAUAAAAUGUUUGUUUUUUAAUUUAAGGAAAUAACACGUACUUAUGACAUAUGCCAAUGAAUUCGAUUGAUACAAAAUAUCGUUGAAGGUGUGUUGAAGUACAGGAAUAACAGAAUUACGGUUGUAUGUGGAUGUUGGAGUAAGUGAAGGUGUUAUUACAUUUACUUAUUUUAAUAUUAUGUAUUUGUUAUUGUUUGAUUUUGUGUUGUAUCUGUUUAUUCAUAAUGCAUUCCAUCUUGUAUUAGGAUAUUUCAUGUUACUAGCUAAAAAUUAAAAUUAUCAUUUUAUGUCGAGCAGACCUCGGCAAGGUAAGAACGAACGUGAUUUCUGUAUGUUAAUUUGCUUUUGCUUGGUUGUUUUUUCGCCUAUUCAAACGUGCGCCACAUUUUGUGUACUAGUAAUAUAUAAUUAUGUUACACUGUCACGCAUUAUGACAUUGACUUUGUUUUUAAUAAUGCACCAAUACUGAAUUGUUUCCAAGACAUGCUCUGAGUUAAGAAAGGGAUGAAGUGCUAUUCAAUGAGCAACAUUAAACUUAAAGCACAGGAUUUUAUCGAAUCCUGUGAACAUAGUGCUUUUUUUAUUGAUUGAUGCCUUCAAAAGAGCAGAUACACAGAAUGUUAAGACUGUUAUUAAAGCCGAGUCUUUUCAAACAGAAA